AUGUUUAUUUUUAUCCCUGUAUUUCUUGUUUCCACGGGUUUGGAGGUGCUCAAGGAGUAUCCUUCCGGAGAUGGCCUCCACGUCGACACUCUCCUGGACUCUGACAGUCAUGGAGCCUUGACCUACAAUGACUUCCUCAUUUUGCCAGGUUCUAUCACUUUCCCUCCAUCGGAGGUUUCUUUGGAUACUAAAGUAACCCGACGGUUCACGAUCAAGGCCCCUCUCGUAUCUUCUCCCAUGGACACCGUGACCGAGCACAACAUGGCUAUCCAUAUGGCUCUUCUGGGCGGUCUAGGUGCUAUUCACAAUAACUGCCCGCCCGAUGAACAGGCCGAGAUGGUGAGAAACGUGAAACGCCAUAAAAAUGGCUUCAUCCUUGACCCUGUUGUUCUGUCUCCUAGCACAACAGUCGGAGAAGCAAAGGAACUGAAGACUAAAUGGGGAUUCGGCGGGUUCCCAGUGACUGAAAAGGGUACCCUCCAUUCGAGACUUCUCGGCAUUGUCACUAGCAGAGACAUUCAGUUCCAUAAGAAGCCCGAGGAUCCAGUCACAGCCGUGAUGGCGACAGAUCUCGUCACCGCACCGGCAGGCACCACUCUAGCCGAAGCCAAUGAAGUCCUCAGGAGUUCGAAGAAAGGCAAACUACCAAUUGUGGACAAGGAAGGAUUCCUAGUUUCCCUGCUCUCCCGGAGCGACUUGAUGAAGAACAUCCACUAUCCCCUUACAUCGAAGCUUCCAUCUAAGCAACUGCUCUACGCCGCGGCCGUGAGCACCCACGACGCCGAUAAGGUGCGGCUCUAG